CAAUGUAAACAGUUUGGACAUUAAUACAUCCAACUAGGAUUAGUGUAUAGAAGACAAUAAAGAAUUUAUUACCAUCUGGCUAAGAAUUUUUUGGUACUGUAAUAAGAGACAGUAGAAAUAAGUCAUGUAAAGUAAAUUGAUCUAAUUGAAAUGAUUAGGUAAAAGUAAGCUAUAAAUAUUGGCAUAAAAAAUAUAAGUCUUACUUUGGAAAUUCUUCUGAGUUCAUUGCACAUGAUGAAGACAAUUUUUGUAAGGUAGGAGAUAAAGUAGUCAUCAAACAUUGUUAAAAAACAGGUGGCAAAUAUUAUUACGUAAGAAAUGUGGUCAUUCCAGUGGGUAGGAAUCCAUCAGAUGUGUAGGAUGAUGUUAUGAAAGAGCUUUAGUAAUAUUUGUAGCAUAUAAUUAAAUUAGAAAUAUUAGAACUUAAUUGGUUUAAUCGGGGUUGUGAU